UUAAUAAUCUUAUUGAUAAUUUAUUUAUUUAUUAAGGACACACCACAUGUCAUAAUAAAAACAUAUUCAGAAUUAACAUAAAGUGUGUGACUCUUCAAGACAGCCACAACAGUUAUUUUCGUUACAGUUAUAUAAUAAUAACAUAAACAAUAUUUUUACAAUAAUAAAAAUUACUCACAAUAGAAUAUUGUAUUUGAUAUUUAUUUUUUAACGUAACUAUGAUAAAUUUCAUUUCCUUAAUUGUUGUGUGUUUGUAAUUAUUUUGCACUCUUAGUUUCCUAGCAACAGGAUCCUAUCAGCGAAUUGUUGGGGUUUCUCAGCAUCUUGCCCAACGGACAGCUAGUCGGUGCAUAAGACAAGUCAUUGAUGCUUUGAACCACUCUGCUAUCAUGGAAAAAUGGAUCAAGUUUCCGAAAACACGACAAGACAGAGCAUUUAUAAAACAAGAGUUCCAAAGAAGAUUUGGCCUGCCUGGUGUAAUUGGGUGCAUAGAUUGCACCCAUAUAGCUUUGGUAAAGCCCAACCAUGAAGAGCAUCUAUAUAUAGAGCCGAGAUGGCCCAGUGAGCAUCUUUUUUAUAAUAGAAAAGGAUAUCAUUCCUUAAAUGUUCAAAUGGUUUGUGAUAGUAAUCUUUUAAUUUUAAAUGUAAAUGCAAAGUUUGGUGGAGCUACACAUGAUUCACAUAUAUGGUCUUCUAGUAGAGUUGAAUUAUAUAUGCGUGAACUUCAUCAAAAUAAUGAGAAAGUAUGGCUCUUAGGUGACUCUGGAUAUCCACAACGCCCUUGGCUUAUGACACCUAUCCUCAAUGCAGUUGAAGGUUCUAGGGAAGACCAAUACACUCGAUUGCAUGUGCAAGCCCGUAACUGCAUUGAGCGAUGUUUUGGAUUACUCAAAGCAAUGUGGAGAUGUUUGCUUAGAGACAGGGUUCUUCACUAUCAUCCUCGUGUAGCUAGCAAAAUUACAAUGGCAUGUUGUGUAUUACACAAUAUAGCUUUGCAAUCUGGGCUGCCACCACCACAACCACUUCCUGCUGCACAUGACAAUGGGGAUGAUACAAUGAUGCAAGAUCCCACAUCCACUGCGUUUGUAGGUAGCCAGAGUGAAGUAAUCCAAGGCAGAGCCAUGCUGAGUUGUUUAUUGAAUAGGAUAUAGUAAGAUUAUUUUAAGCUUUAAUAUGAAUCUAUUUUACAUU